AUACGUAUUCUUGUCAAAUAUACUGAUAUAUAAGCGUAUUUUUUUUACCUUGCCGUAUUCCCGAUUUUUUCCCGUAUAAAAUAGUCUGAAUACUCAAUAGUCAUUAAAAACCCUACUCUUCUUUGAUCGAGAGAGUCGAGACUUCGACUAUCUACUGCUAUCUCUGUCUCCUAGACUUCGACUCCGUCAAUCCGUCGGCCGUCGCUGCAGCCUGCAAUUCAAUCUGUCGCUGCCUGCAAUUCCAUCGCCAUCCAGCCGCCCGUCUGUGUUCUCACUUCUCUUAAGAAGGACAACGUGAAACGACUUCGUUUCACUAAAUAGGUCCUGAUCGACUUAGAAAGGAGGGAGGGCGAAAACCUAGUCACAUUCCGAUCCACUCGCCGACCACCACCGCGCCACCCGGUCACAAAGUGACUUCCCAGUGGUGCGCUGGCUACAGUGACGGUCGGCACAGCCAUUCCACCACAAUCUACCGUCCAUAUUUCCUAAUCUUUAAUAUAAAAGACAAUCCUCCCCUUCAGGGCAUUUCUCCCUCAAAAACAAGAAAACAUCAGGAAAACCUGUCUGGCUUUAAUGUCAGACUAACUCUGCAGGCUGUGCAGUGGUCAGCGAGCAAAUUAAUGAAUGCUCCAUGCAUGAAAGAAUGCUCUGAAUCCACAAUAAUCACAGUUAAAAAACAAUUAAGACUGCCUCUGCUAUGGAGUUUUCAGAAGACUGGAAGUCCCUAUGGCCAGUAUCCUUUUCCUUCUGCCCCCCGCUCCUUGUCCCAAACAAAGCAUCAUCCUCUUCCAAGCGCAGGUGUCUCGAGAAAAGCCCUUCCAUCCCUUCAAUUGGACCUCUAAUCUUCAAUCCGUGCCGGGAAACCCUAAUUGGCCUUCUGAACUCCCCUUCCCUUUCCCCUCGCCUCCCUCCUCCAUAUCCUGACUUCACCCUUCACAGAUUUCUCUUCACUUCAACUACCAUCAAUCAUUCUACUGCCUCUAGCAUUGCUUCAGAUAUGGGACCUCCGCUGGAUCCUGGCCAUGCCCACAACUACAAUGCUCUACAACUGCUUCCUUGCCCGAUCCAAAAAGAUGGUGAUGGUGAUGGUGAUGGUGAUGGUGAUGCUGAUGCUAGGGUUCUUGCUUUUUUCCCCACCGGAGAUAAUUAUGACCAGAUAGGGUUUGCUAUGCUCACUUUGAAUGAUUCUGGAUCUAUGAGUGUCAGGGAGUUCAAGGAUGGGAGAGAUAUCUGUGUGCAUAGUCGUAGGCUGUAUCAUCGAAUCUCGAGAUUAUUGGUGAACGCCGUUGCUGAUUUUGAUGUAUUUAGCACCUCUUCACACAGUGGUAAUUGUUUUGGGUAUAUCAUGGCUUGCACAAUGUAUUCUGUGCAUUGGUUUAGUGUGAAGAUGCCGGAAGGGGGCUUUGAAAGUACACUCUUAGAUUAUUUGGGCCAUGUCGGUGUUAAGUUGUUUCAGGGUUCUGCUGUUGUUCAUGCCUGUUGGAGUCCACAUUUGAGUGAAGAGUGUGUAGUUCUGCUUGAAAGCGGGAAACUCUUCCUGUUUGAUAUGAGUUGUUGGCUGAAAAGUGGUGGGAAUGCAUUAAACAGACAAGGGAAAAAGCUGUGUGUUCCCUGGGGCGAUUUGAUUCAGAAUGGGAAGUGGGUGGGUUGUGAAUUCAGUUGGCACCCUAGAAUUUUGGUUGUUGCUCAUUCUAGUACAGUUUUCCUGGUUGAUUUGAGGUUCGACGAGCAUAAAGUUUGCACUCUACUAAAGGUUGGGUUCUUAUCUAUGGGGACAUGUGAUAGAUUUGUUGCCCUGUCUAGGCCAGAUUCUAGUGGCUUUUGUUUUGCUGCUGCUUCCAACAGCUUGCUGAUACUUUGCGAUGUAAGAAAGCCCUCCAUGCCAGUGCUACAAUGGGCCCACGCUAUCCAAAACCCCGAAUACAUCACUAUCUUUAAAUUAUCUAAGUUGAGACCAAUUAUCAAUGACGAUGAUUUCCAGUGGGCAUCUGAAUCUGGCCACUGCAUUUUAUUGGGUUCGUUUUGGAACUGUGGAUUUAGUAUUUUCUUUUAUGGGCCACCAGAUGGUAGGAGAGGACCAUCGGUUCUUUCAACAGCCUGCAAUGCCUUCUAUUCAUGGGGCCUCCCCUCAGAAUUUUCUUUGUCUGGCCGUGAUUGUUUUUGUGGAAGUUGUCUUAUGAGAGGAGAUCUCCUCAAAGAUCUUCUCCCUGAUUGGAUUGAUUGGAAACAGAAAAAAGACAUUGUUUUGGGGUUUGGGAUUCUUGAUAAUGAUCCUAAUGUUAACUGCAACAAGUCUCUUGGGUUCUCUCUUAUUAGGUUAAUGUCCUCUGGCAAACUAGAAGCUCAAAGAUACACUGCAGAUUGGGUAUUUAAUAAUAAUGCGUGCAAAGAAGCCCACAAACUGUCAAAAUCCGGUUGCACCGAGGACAAUUUUUUGUAUGAUGAUGCAGGCAAUAGUGGUGAGCUUGAGUUGCGUAAGCAUGGUUAUCUGAAAAUGGACUUUCUUAAAGAGUAUCUGUAUGGUAAUCUUACUAUGCUUGUUGACAGGAGGCAAAUAAAUCUUCAGAAAUAUGCCGAGCAAAAUCAGUCAAAGUUCCAUCAUGAAAUAUGUGAGAACAUGAAGGCACGUGGCAUCACUGCACUGAGAUCACUGCAAGGUAUUCCAGCAAUGAUAAAAACUGCCACCUUUCCUACUAGCUUUAGUGAGAUCACUAUGAAAAGCAUUUGGUCCAGUUUGCCUAUGAAUCUCCUUGCCUUGACUGCUUCCUCAGCUUCUUCUGACGGGGUUGAUAUUUUUUCAGAUAGAAAUCCAUAUCCUUUUCCUUUUCAGAAAACCCCAUCAUCAUCGGAAGAAGUGCAGUCUUCUUCUGAUGCUUUUGUAAGCCCAGUCCUUCCUACUCAUUUUCUGAUUGUUCUUCGUAACCAGGGAAUGGAAGAAAGUGAUAUUUUACCAGUUGAUGAUGAAUUUCAACGUGAAUGUGGUAAAGUAAUGGAAGAAGCAUGUGCAAUGCAAUCUGCUGAACCUCUGAACGGAAAAAUUGCUUCACUAGCUGAUGAUACAGAUGAUAUUUUAAAUGCGGUUGAAAACCUGAAUAUUUUGGGUAUACACAGACCUACUUUUUCUUCAGGCGAUGCGGCACUAGAGAAAUCUGAUGAACAUAAAAUGUAUGAAACCUUUGUUUACCUGAAACACGGGGAAGAGGAGCUGAUAGGAGGAGCAACACUAUUUGAUGAGGGAUGCCCCAUGGAGUUGAAUUUUGGUAGUAGUAAUUUUGACUUGACAUCGAAGGAGCUGGAUUUGUUUCAGCAGUUGAAGAGGCAAGGCAUGCAUUUCCAAAAACAAUUCCAACUAUAUCAAGAAUAUCUGAACACCGAGUUGACUAGCUAAUCUUUUUGUCGUUUCAAGAGCUGUCCUUGAAUCCCUCCAGAAUAGGAAUACAUGGAGAAGUCUCAAGUAAUAUAAGUGUUUCUUUGUGUUUCCCGUGCUCUUCUCCAUAUGUCAACGCUAGCAUCUUAAAUUAUAUGUUACUGUCUUCCUAGAAGAACCUAAGAUGAUGCGUGAACAACAGAGGAAGGAAAGGCAUGAAGUGGAAAGUAAAAAAAGUAGUCAGGUUGUAUUAGAAGGAAAGUCAAACUGUUCAGAGGUCUUUAUCAGAAGGUAUGCUAUAUAAUCAGAAGACAUGAUGAAAAGG